AUGGGUGCAUCAGGCUUAGGUUCUGCUUUAGCAAAUUGCAUUAAUCUCUCAAAUUUGACACUUUCUCUUAAUUGCAAUUAAAUUGAUGAUGAAGGUGCAUCAGGCUUAGGUUCUGGUUUAGCAAAUUGCAUUAAUCUCUCAAAUUUGAAACUUAAGCUUGAUAACAAUAGAAUUGAUGCAAUGGGUGCAUCAGGCUUAGGUUCUGGUUUAGCAAAUUGCAUUAAUCUCUCAAAUUUGACACUUUCUCUUAAAUACAAUUAAAUUGGUGAUAAAGGUGCGUCAGGCUUAGGUUCUGGUUUAGCAAAUUGCAUUAAUCUCUCAAAUUUGAAGCUUAAGCUUUAUCGAAAUUAAAUUGGUGAUGAAGGUGCAUCAGGCUUAGGUUCUUGUUUAGCAAAUUACAUUAAUCUCUCAAAUUUAACACUUUGUCUUGAUGACAAUAAAAUUGGUGAUGAAGGUUCAUCAGGCUUAGGUUCUGGUUUAGCAAAUUGCAUAAAUCUCUCAAAUUUGACACUUAAGCUUUAUAACAAUAAAAUUGGUGAUAAAGGUGGAUCAGGCUUAGGUUCUGGUUUAGUAAAUUGCAUUAAUCUCUCAAAUUUGACACUUUUUCUUAAUUACAAUAAAAUUGGUAAUAAAGGUACAUCAGGCUUAAGUUCUGGUUUAGCAAAUUGCAUUAAUCUCUCAAAUUUGACACUUUCUUUUGAUUGGAAUUCAAUUGAUGAAAUGGCUGCAUCAGACUUAGGUUCUGCUUUAGCAAAUUGCAUUAAUCUUUCAAAUUUGACACUUUCUCUUGAUUACAAUUAAAUUGGUGCAAUGGGUGCAUCAAGCUUAUGUUCUGCUUUAGCAAAUUGCAUUAAUCUUUCAAAUUUGACACUUAAGCUUUAUCGAAAUUCAAUUGGUGCAAUGGGUGCAGGCUUGGUUUCUGGUUUAGCAAAUUGCAUUAAUCUCUCAAAUUUGACACUUAUUCUUGAUGACAAUAGAAUUGAUGCAAUAGGUGCAUCAGGCUUAGGUUCUGGUUUAGCAAAUUGCAUUAAUCUCUUAAAUUUAACAUUUUCUCUUAAUGACAAUUAAAUUGGUGAUUAAGGUGCAUCAGGCUUAGGUUUUGGUUUAGCAAAUUGCAUUAAUUUCUUAAAUUUGACACUUUAUCUAAAUAAAAAUAAAAUUGGUGAUGAAGGUGCAUCUGGCUUAGGUUCUGGUUUAGCAAAUUGCAUUAAUCUCUCAAAUUUGACACUUAACCUUUAAUAAAAUUAAAUUGGUGAUGAAGGUGCAUCUGGCUUAGGUUCUGGUUUAGCAAAUUGCAUUAAUCUCUCAAAUUUGACACUUUCUCUUGAUUACAAUUAAAUUGGUGCAAUUGGUGCAUCAGGCUUAGGUUCUGGUUUAGCAAAUUGCAUUAAUCUCUCAAAUUUGACACUUAAGCUUUAUGAAAAUAAAAUUGGUGAUGAAGGUGCAUCAGGCUUAGGCUCUGGUUUAGCAAAUUGCAUUAAUCUCUCAAAUUUGACACUUUGUCUAAAUCGAAAUUAAAUUGGUGAUGAAGGUGCAUCAGGCUUAGGUUUUGGUUUAGCUAAUUGCAUUAAUCUCUCAAAUUUGACACUUAACCUUGAUGACAAUUAAAUUGGUGCAAUUGGAGCAUCAGGCUUAGGUUCUGGUUUAGCAAAUUGCAUUAAUCUCUCAAAUUUGACACUUAAGUUUUAUAACAAUAAAAUUGGUGAUAAAGGUGCAUCAGGCUUAGGUUCUGCUUUAGCAAAUUGCAUUAAUCUCUCAAAUUUGACACUUAAGUUUUAUGACAAUAAAAUUGGUGCAAUGGGUGCAUCAGGCUUAGGUUCUGCUUUUGCAAAUUGCAUUAAUCUCUCAAAUUUGACACUUUCUCUUGAAAAAAAUUAUAUUACUCCAAAGGGUGCAUCAGGCUUAGUCUCUGGUUUAGCAAAUUGUAUUAAUCUCUCAAAUUUGACACUUGAACUUUAGUCAAUUAAUGAAUCAUAAAAAUUCAAAGUAAUAAAAAAGUGUCUUAAAUCAAAAAGAUUAGUUGUCUUUAAAAAAAAAUUCUGGUGA